GUCGCCUUGUGGUCCAGUCCCUCCAUUUUCGAAAACAACUACUGGUACCAUUUACUAAUGUUAUCAAUUAUGAAGCCUGACAGGACUCCCAUAAAACGGAAGCCUCGGCCGACCCCCAAGCCGAAGACUGUAGAGAGGCAUGUGGAAAAGGAUCCAGUAGAAGUGUUCUGCCGCAUCCGACCAGUUGAAACCCCAGACCAAGAGGAGUGUAUCAGUGUAAUAGACUCAAGCACCGUAAAGCUAACACCACCAGUAACAUCAUUUGCUUUUCGCAAUGGAAAUGCAAAAGAGCAGUUAUACAAGUUCCAGAAUGUGUUUGGCCCUGACACAACGCAAAAAGAACUAUUUGAUCACGUUGCUAAACCUCUGGUGUCAGAGGUUCUGAAUGGGAAAAAUGGUCUUCUUUUUGCAUAUGGGGUCACAGGUUCUGGCAAGACAUACUCCAUGGAGGGAGUACCACAAGAUGGUGGAAUUGUUAGGAGGACCCUAGACGUAAUUUUCAACAGUAUCCAAGAUUACCAAGCAAGAAGAUGCACCUUCAAACCAGAUCGCAUGAAUGGAUUUGAUGGCCAAUCUGAAUCAGAUGCUUUUAGUGAUCGAAGAAGAAUGGAUGCUACUCCAAACAGAAUUACGAGAACCAACAAACCAAGAAGAGAGACAAGUGGCUCACAAGACAACUCACAGCGCAUACCUGACACAUCACGUAUUGAGAACAUCGAUGAAGACAAUGUGUUCUCUUUAUUUGUUUCUUACAUUCAGAUAUACAACAACUAUAUUUAUGACUUAUUGGAAGAGGUUCUAGAAAUAGGUCCUUCAAGGGGACUGCAAACAAAAAUCCUGCGUGAAGAUGCUCAACACAACAUGUAUGUUCAUGGCUGUGUGGAGAUGGAGGUCAAGAGUCCUGAGGAUGCUUUAGAGAUUCUGUACAAGGGCCAGAAGAGGCGCAAGAUUGCCUACACUCGCUUGAACUGUGAGUCAUCUCGGUCACACUCCAUUUUCACGAUCAGGGUUGUUCAGGCUCCACUUGAUGCACAAGGUGAAGAUGUUGUCACAGAUAAAAAUGCCAUCACAGUCUCCCAGCUUUCAUUAGUCGACUUGGCUGGUUCAGAGCGCAAUAUUCGUACAAAGGCUGUAGGUGACAGGAUCAAAGAAGCAGGUAACAUCAAUAACUCUCUCAUGAACCUGAGGGCUUGUAUUGAAGCUCUAAGAGAGAAUCAGAUGAUGGGAGGAUUAAAGAAAGUGCCUUACAGAGACUCCAAACUUACACACUACUUCAAAAACUACUUUGAUGGGGAAGGCAAAGUGAAUAUGGUAGUGUGUGUUAACCCCAAGGCUGAUGACUAUGAUGAAACUCUUACUGUGAUGAAGUUUGCUCAGCUUGCAUCUGAAGUGCAGAUCCAGCGAGUGAUACAACCAGUGAGACACGACCUGGGACUGCCCCCAGGGAGGAGGCGUGCCAACCAGUUGUUCAAAGAAGUGCGCAGGAGGCUUGAAGCUGAGGGUGAAAACACUAAGAAUCUGGAGGUUGAUUUGACGCCCAUCUACACUCUGGCUCCUGAUUGGCCAGCUGUCACAUACACACCAGAAACCUUGGAGGAGGUGUUUACUAAGCUCAAGGCUUACUUACAGAAGAGGGUCAACAGCAGAGAGAAGCUCAAAAUUGACCUAAAGGAUAAGUUUUCUGCAGUACACUUAGCUAUAAUGGACAUGGAAAAAGAAAAUAUCAUAAUGAAAAAAGAGAUCGCCAGUCUGCGCUCCCUCUACGGUGAUGCCAUGUCUAAAGUCCGCAGUCUAGAGUCCAUGUUACUGAAUGCUGAAUCUGCUAAUGAAAGCUUACAGAGGAAAUUUUCAGACUACAAUAAUCUUGUGGAUGAUUAUAAUGGUGUGCGUGAUGAGCUGGACAUGGCUAAAACACAAGGACACUUGGAUAAGCAACGGAUGAAAGCAUGGCACAAGACCAAACUAGAACAGGAGAAAGAAAAAAUAAAAAAUGGCCUGAAUGCUAAAUUUACCCAGAAAAAGUCCAAAAUAUACCACACUCAAGUAAGAGCUCUACAAGAAAUCCUCCUAGAUGGGACCUCAAAUACUCCAGUCAGUUUUCCUCCUUCUUCAUCGGACUCUGACCUCUCCCAGAUACGCCCAACUGCCAGAAGUGCAAUCAAAGCUUCCACAUCAGAUCCAAAGCUUAAUUCCAGCCAGGCUGUCCCUACACCUGAUCUGUAUGGACCUGCAGUUGUCAACUUAAGACACAGGAGGUCAAGAUCCCAGGGUGCAGAAGUCUGGCUUGAUCAUCGGCCAACACAUGAGGUACCAAGUGGAACGGUACUCCAGCCAGCAUUACAGAGAUGCAGAUCAGUUACUCGUCUACGUAGCGGUGAUCUAACAGAUGGUCAUGUAACAAAUUAUUGCUUGACCAGCCAACAUCAGGAUUCUGAAGGGGAACUUGAAACAAAAUUAUAUAAGGGUGAUGUGUUACCUACAGCAGGCGGUGGAUCACAAGUAGUGUUUCAAGAUGUGGAAAUCCUCAAACAGCGUGACCCACUAGCUGUUCCCUCACGCAAGCGAUCAUCAGAUGGCACACCUAAAGUUGAUGCUUUAACUGUGCAGGAUCGCUGUGCUGCAAGUAUCGAAGGUCAUACCACACCUCGACCAUUUGUUCUAAAUAAGCGAUCAAGGUUUUAGAAUUUAUUGUUUGUGGUAGUCGUAUAAGUCUGCAUGGAGUGAAAAAUAUAUAAGGGCAUUACAAUAAGUUCAAGGAAAAUUGUUUUCUUUGUAUCCUUCAUAUGUGCUGUCUUCAGUAUUUUAUUUUGGUUUCAGUUGUCCUGAGUCUAUUAUUGUAUUUUUGGCAAUCAUGCAGAGCUUAAGGCUGAGGUAAAGCAGUGGUACUUACUGCAUUAUAACAAUACGUAUAUAGUAAAUAGUGAAAUUUAAUUUUAGACACAUUGCUUUAAUCUUUAAACUAAUGUGUAGAAGAAAUUCUCAUGUAUAUAAACCCUACAGUAUAAACUCUAAUGUAGAUAGUAUUGACAGUAUAUAUAAUUUUUAAAAGCUUCAAACUGAUGUAAUUCUUAUAUUUUAUAUUUUGUAAUAACACAUUUAGAAUUUUUAAAGGAUUAAUCAUGAUGAUUAAAUUUAUUGGAUUACAUCUACUUGACUUUGGCUCAAGUAAUUAUUUCUUGUUACUUGAACACUAAAGCUAAUAUUCAAGAUGUUUAAGGAAUCAUUUCAUGGGUUCAGAGGUGUCAUGAUACUAUGAUGUAGAGCCUAUGUAUAGCAUGUAUAUGGACCCAUAAAUUAGUGUCAUGCCAGCUUGAACCUCUGAACUGACUCUUGUCAUGUAUAAAAACUUUGUAUAUCUCCAGCCCAUAGUACUGAUUAUUUUUAGCUCAUAGACACAAUAAAUAUUUUCUUUAAACACAUUGGCACCCAAAACAAGUAUUGUGCUUCCUCAGAACCCCAGAAAUGAUUCCUUAACAUCUCUGGAAUCUUGCAGUCUUCCAAUGUUUAUGCCAAGUGUGUUAAAGGAAUGUAUUUGAUCUUUUGUGUUUCUUGAUUCACACUGUCAGUAAUUCUAAUUUUAUGUUUUUUUAUAGACCAUCUCCUUCCUA